AUGGCAGACCUCCACCAUGGGCAUGACGAGCAUGAUUCGAUCUCAUCCGUCACUGAUUGCAUCCUAGGAUUGAAAGAGAAGAUUGACGACAAGCAACUCCCAGGUUUCACCGAGCUCAUCGACGACUGGUUUGAUCCCGACACCGAGGUCGACCAAGAGCAAUUUGUCCGUCGAUUUCUUCACGUCUUCAAGGCAUCGGAUCAAGAUUCCACCUAUAAACAGAUCAUCGGAGACUAUGACGACCAGAUCCAGGGUGUCUUCAACGAUUUUGUCGACGGCAAAAUCAACGCCCAAGAGGCGGCCAAACGGUAUCACCCCUACACGGUCGAGGGCCUGCCCAAAAAGCUCGGCACUUUUCGUAAGGACAAGGAACUCUCCAGCAUAAUCCCGGGCGAACGCAACGCGCUAGAGGAGCACAGUGCAUUGCUCAAGGCAUUGCCUACGAGCAUCCCUUCACGAAUACGCUCCCUCAUCGCAAAAAUCGUGCCUGCGUUGAAAUUCCCUGCACGGGCUCUCUAUGUUCCGUCUUUCAAGAAUCUCGAGUUCCAAAAUUGGGGUCGCACUGUCACCAAUACUCCGGCCUACACCUGUGUGCCCAGCACAGCCCAAGAUGUUGCCGACAUUGUCAAGUACGCGAAAAGGCACCGGAUGGGGGUGCGAGUGGCUGGUUUCCGUCAUUCGUGGUCUCCAGUCUUUGGACGCGCGCACCAUCCCGGGGGGAAAGACAACGGUGAUAUUCUGAUCUCGUCUCUCGGGCUGGUCGAUGCCAGCGUACUCCCAAACUUUACCUCGCUACCCGGGGAUAUCCUUGAGCCCCGCGCAAAGGAUCUGAAUUCCAUAGUCAUUGUCAACCAGGACUACGUCAAAGGCCCCAGACUCACUGGCGGCAAAAAGUACGUCCGUGUAGGGACGUCCACCACCAACGAGCAGUUUCGGCGUUGGUGUAUCGACACCGGCAAAGUCACGGUACCCAUGAACAUCAUCGAAGUCGAGAUUACCAUGGGUGGCGCCAAUGCGACGAUAUGUCACGGUGCUGGUAUCAACAAUCCUACACUCUCCGAUCUGGUCCGGUGCAUGGAAUAUGUCGACGCCAACGGAAGGCUACGGAAGGUGGACAUGUCUACACCUGAUCUUCUCCACGCCGCUGCCGGUUGCUUCGGGUUGAUCGGAGUGGUGACACAUCUUGUUUUAGAAUGCGAUCCCAUGUCCUGCGCGCUGUUGGAGCCGCGGAAAGUCCCGGUGGUCGAGGCCAUCCCGCCACCACCGGACAUGCCUGAUUCCACCAUUCCCGUUCCUCUGCGGCCGCCGAAGCCGCUCAGUGCAGAACGCAAAGCCCAAAUCCAGCAAGACUUCGAAACCCGUGCUCUCACCACCGACUAUGCCGAGUGGUUUUGGUUUCCCUACUCGAGCGAAGUAUGGGUGAAUACCUGGCACAAGACAUCGGACCUGUCGAACGCCGUGAGCUAUCCCAGUGAUGCUAAGACGAUCCUGCAAGUUUUCGGAACCGUCGCGAUGAACAUUGCACAAAACGCGACGAGCCUGUUACAGCUGACGGAGUUCUUGCCGGAAAAGCAGACCAAAUUGAUGACCUGGCUCGCCAUGAAGAAUCUGGACGACAUCGGUGAGAAGGGCAACAAAAUCAAAACGUGGCUCCCCGACGCCUUACAUUUCCAGAGAGGGGUGCAGAACAUCCGAGUUAGGGAUUUGGAAGUCGAGUUCCCGCUGCAGCCGAAGCAGACGUCAGUCAAAGACAGUCACGAGAUGGUGGAUGGUACGGCCGAUGCGGUCAUGAACGGUGGUGUCGUGAAUGAGAAGCAGCAGCAAGUCGACCUGACGCUUGUCCAGCGUGCGUGGUGGGAUGCCAUCAUCACAUGUUACAGUGAGAUCAAGGACUGUCCUCAACGCAUGCCUCUCGAGAUGCGCAUCAUGUCGUCGUCGCAAGUGACGCUGGCGCCACAGCGAGGCCACGAGCUGGGCACGUGUUCGAUUGAGAUUCUCACGCUCCAUGACGCGGCAGAUAUUUGGCAACCUUAUGCUCAGAAAGUGCUGGACAAAUGGUCCAACUAUCGAGAUGGGCAGGGGAACAGCGUUCCGAUCCGGCCGCACUGGGCGAAAGAAUGGUACGGGUAUACGAUCCGGGGACGGAGAUGGGAGGACAUUUUGAAAACCGAAGAGAGUCAGAACGGUGGAUUCAGAAGGGAAAUUAUCGAAUGGAGGCGUUUGGUUGGAAACCUUGCCACCAGGGAUUUAUGGAGCGUGGAAGAUGCUCGGGCGAGGUUUGGGAAUGAAGUGUUGGAUAUUUUGUUUUGGUUGGAUGAUGAUGUGAAGAUGUCUAAGGGUGCCAAAGAACAGAAGAUGUCCAAGGGUGCCAACGGACUGAAGAUGUCCAAUGCCAACGGAACGGUUGGAUCGAAGACGAGAAAAUCAAGCCAGAAAUUUUGGCGGCAGUGUUUUGGUGAAUGA